GAGAAAUAAAAGCAAAGUUUAAUUCAAAUAAAAGUAUAAUAGAAGUAUAAAAAAACUAAAGAAAAACUGCCCUUUCCAGGAUGCUGCCACCACCAUGCUUCACAGUAAAGACAGAAUUUCAGAUAUAAAACCCAGUGCUUUGUUUCCUCCAGACAAGAUAAAAUUACUUUAGGAAAUGAGGUCAGUCAAUCUGAAAAAGGUUUGUGUCCAAACACUUAACUGGUACUGUAUUUACAAGCAGAAAUACACAUUUUCUAUUUGUGAUGUCUUUGCAGGAUCACAAAGCAUCAUGACUUCAACCCCAGUGAGAGAAACACAAUAUCCUGUCUCUGAAAACUACACCACUCCAAAUAUGGCUCCAGCAGAUGGCAAUAAUAUUCUAUUUGUUUUGUUUGCUGUGAGCAAUUUUAUAAUCUUCAUCCUGGGUGUUGUUGGAAAUGCUGUGGUGAUCUGGAUCGCUGGGUUUAAGCUGAAGAGGUCAGUCAACACCACCUGGUACCUGAGUCUGGCCAUAUCUGACCUGAUGCUGUGCUUUUUCCUGCCCUUUGGAGUCAUGGAUAUGGUCAUAAAUGAAUGGGCCUUCGGUUUCUUCAUGUGCAAGUUCUGGUCCUUCUUCAUGUCGCUCAACAUGUUCAGCAGUGUCUUCCUCCUGGUCAUCAUCAGUGUGGACCGCUGUGUGGUCGUGGUGUUUCCUGUGUGGGCGCAGAACAAACGCACCAUCAGAAAGGCCUCGGUGGUGGUCGUGGUCAUGUGGAUGACUGCAGGAUUGCUCAGCACACCAGCGGCUGUUUUCCAUGAUGUUCUGAGUGACGACCACAACCAUUCAAAGUUUUGUUUCUACAGUUACAUGAUUGAUCAAAACCACUUUGCUGAAGUGGCAGGCGAGUUCAUUUUUGGAUUUGUGGUUCCCAUCCUGAUCGUCGUCAUCUGUUAUGUUCUCAUCAUACAAAAGCUGAAGACCAACCAAUCUGCAAGGUUCAAAAAGCCCUUUAAGAUCAUGACAAUGCUGAUCACGGUUUUCUUGAUCUGCUGGCUGCCUUAUCACACUGUUGCUUUGAUGGACCUCAACUAUGAGAAAUAUGAGAGUUUCCUCCCAACUGGAUAUGUGUUUGUGAUUAUUCUUGCCAGCGCUAACAGCUGUCUGAACCCAUACCUUUAUGCUUUUAUGGGGCAAGAUUUUAAAAGGCAAUGUUUUGCACUUCUGUCAAAGAUUGAGAACGCAAUUGAUGUCUGAGGGACAGCUCUGACCUUCUUAUUGGGUAUUUUUUUCAGCAGAUGUACCUCAUGUAAAGCCUUUUAUUAUUAAUGUAUUUUUCGCACUAUAAUGCGCACUGUAGUAUGAGGCUCCCCAACAAAGAACGUCUUUUUUUGUCCAUUUUCAUACAUAAGGCGCAUUUUAAGCGACACUAGUAAGGAACAGGGGUUUCACCAUGUUUUCAUACUAUUUCAGCAGGUCUUGCUGUUGGGCGGUGUUGGUGGGGCUGGUAAAGGGUAAAGCUAAUAAACAAAACUGUCAUUCCCAAAAUAAAAUAUUAAAGGCUGGAGCAUUAGCAUUAGCAGCUAACCGGACAGCGCUACACUGAGGAACCCUGAGUGUUCCGGUACGCCAGGGUGAUAUUAGCUAGCGGUUUGUCCCACAUAGCUUGUUUUAACAUGGUAAACACGCAGACUACAGUCUGAUAUACUCAC